CCCUGGCAGGAAGGGCCCCUCUUCUGGACAUCAUUAAAAGCGCAUGCCCUUAUUUCGCAUCCAUUGGCAAAUGGUGGCAAGAUUCAGGGCUCCUACCCUGAAGCCAAGGAGAAUCCAUCGCAGUGGAAAGAUUUUUGGCUUUGAAGGUCCAAAUCGAAAUUAAAGACCUAUACGGAAUAAGAAACCAGAAGAACAUUGGAUGGAUACAGGGGUGAGACCAGAGACCAAAAAAAAAAAAAAGCACAGCAGGUAAGAUCUGGGGCCUGCUGCCAAGGGCGAAGUGCGCUGCAGAGAUGGUGCAGCAAGGGGGGACAAUAUCUUAGAACCUGAAAGCCUGCCGCCUUGAGCCUUCCCUGAAGUGCUUAAACUUGUCACCUUCUAUCAGCUUACAGAAGAGGUACGUUGCCCUGGCCUUCCCUCUUCCUGCUAAUAAUUCUUUUUAGUUUGGUUAUAAAUACUAAUGUCUCCCCGCGCUUGGUGAUGAAGCACGGCAAGAGUCAAGGCCAUUAAAGAGCCCCAUUCGCAGCUAUGCCAUUCCUGCAAGAAAAUCGAUGAAAUAGACACUGAGUGAUGGCCACCUAUCCAGAGAGCUGCUUGGAUGCUACAAUGCUGAACUUCGUAGCAGAUCUCUCUCUGGCCUCUCCCAGACACCCUCUUCUCUGCGAGUUCCCACCUGGGGUCCCUUUUGGGGACCGAACACUGGGGUUCAGAGAGGGAAGACCUAGGAGGCUGUCGCAGUUUGAUGAAAGAUAUCAGGAAGUAGAGGGGAGCGAAGUGGACUAUGAGGACCCAGAAGAGGAGGAAGAGGAGGGAGAGGGACGCGGCAGAGUAGCAUCCUUGCUGGGCCGCCCCAAAAGAAAAAGAGUCAUCACUUAUGCCCAGCGCCAGGCUGCCAACAUUCGCGAGAGGAAGAGGAUGUUCAACCUAAACGAAGCCUUCGACCAGCUGCGCCGGAAGGUGCCCACCUUUGCUUAUGAGAAGAGGCUGUCCAGGAUCGAGACCCUCCGCUUGGCCAUCGUCUACAUUUCCUUCAUGACCGAGCUCCUGCAGAGCAAGGAGGAAAAGGAGGCCAGCUGAGCAGGGAGGGGCGAGCCGAAGAAACACCCAUCCCCGCUCCACCGCCUUAUCUUGUUUGGUGGGGUGUGUUUGAAAGGCAGAGGGACCGCUGGCCUUCUGAGCCUGGGUUUGAGAUGGUAAAAUCCCCACUCGUGGAAGCUCUACAGUGAAUAAAUUGGGGAUCGGGCACAAUAAGGGUCAAGCUGGGCAGGUUGGGAGCUCCCGCGAUCAAGGAUUUAGGGGAUGAAGAGCUUCUUGCAUGGAGCGGGUGGGAAACUGGUCCCCCCCUCCAAGGACCUUUGCUGAGCUUCUCUAAAGUCUAAUCUCUCCUCCUUGCUCCUUUCAAAAGUAGAAAUAAGAAAACAGAACGUUUUCUCUCGCACGAUUAGUUGCUGCCCCAUCGCCAUCUCCAGCAGGGGCUUCACUCGAGCAAGUGCAGUUGGAUUUCCACAAGACCUAAGAUCUCUCAGUUAAAUUGAACCAUCACUGUGCCAUCUUGAAUAUUCCUUCUUCCCAUCAUUGAAAACAGCAGGAUACUAGAAUUCCUAAAAAGGACUGAUGGCUACAUAUAAGCACCACAUCACUUUGAAAGAUAUUGCCGUCAAAGAUCAAAAGCACCUUAACAUGGUCUGUGGAUGAUAAAUUAUACAAAAGGCUGGCAUGGUCUGGCUCCCUCAAAGGCCACAUUUUACAACCUUCUAUUCAGGGCUCUGUGAAGGAGAUUUCCACCUGCAACCAGCGAAUGUAAAUGACCUCAAUGCAGCUGUUAUGGACAGGGUUUUCUGUUUUAUGAUUUCCAGUCUUCAAAAGGGGAAAAAAUGCCUAUGAGGAUAUGGAAAUGGAUCAAACAACUGGUGAAG